AAGGUGGGCGUGCUGCUGCUGAACCUGGGCGGGCCGGACACGCUCGACCAGGUCGAGCCGUUCCUAUACAACCUCUUCUCCGACCCGGAGAUCAUCACCCUGCCGGGCGCGGUGCGGUGGCUCAACGGGCCGCUCGCGUGGAUCAUCGCAAAGACGCGGGCGCCGAUGUCGCGCGAGGGGUACAAGCAGGUGCUCGACGGCGGGUCGCCGCAGCUGCGCACCACCCUCGCGCAGGGAGCUGCGAUCGAGGCCGCCCUCUCCACGCGCGGCGUGUCUGCCAAGUCGUACAUCGGCAUGCGGUACUGGCACGCGCCGCCGCACCCGUACACGGACGAGGCGCUCGCCGCCAUCAAGGCGGACGGCGUGCAGCGCCUCGUCGUCCUCCCGCUCUACCCGCAGUUUUCGAUCUCGACGUCUGGAUCGUCGCUCCGCCUGCUCGAGCGGGAGUACUACCAGGACCAGCAGCUGCGGCUGCUCAAGAACGUGGUCAUCCCGGCGUGGUACAACCGGCAGGGCUACGUCCACUCGAUGGCGCGCCUCAUCGCCAGCAGGACCGGGGAGCGGGCCGGGGCUCACGUCUUCUUCUCGGCGCACGGGCUGCCGCAAAAGUACGUGCAGGAGCUCGGCGACCCGUACCAGCAGCAGAUCGAGGCAGCACUCCCGCUGCGCGUGCUCGGCUACUCGAACCCAGACACGCUCGCGUACCAGUCGAAGGUUGGCCCCGUCCCGUGGCUGCAGCCGUACACGGACGAGAAGAUCAAGGAGCUCGCCGGGGGCGGCGUCUCCUCGCUGGUGGUGGUGCCCAUCUCCUUUGUGUCUGAGCACAUCGAGACGCUCGAGGAGAUCGACAUCGAGUACCGCGAGCUGGCCGAGGAGGCGGGCAUCACGCACUGGGAGCGCGUGCCCGCCCUCGGCGUCGAGGAGGACUUCAUCGAAGACCUCGCAUCGGCCGUCGUCGAGGCGCUG